GACAUGGCAAUGAAAAUUACGAACUGUGUAGCUACUUUGUGAAUUUUUAAACAAUCGCAAAUAAUUAAUAAUAAUGGUCCGAUUCACUAUUCACUGUGGAAUAAGUGGUGUCAUUUACGAACUUCCUAAGUGUGUUUAAAACAUCGAGUAGAAUCUAUCCUUUAUGCCAACCCGCACUACAGUGUAUAUAUAUUUUUACGUGUCAUCACAGUUAUAUUUUGUUUGCUCUUGACAAUAAUAAAUAAAACUUUAAGCACACAAUGGCCCAGACGGAAGAGAGUUUUGAACAGUUUGAAGAAGAAGAAGCAGAAGCACCCCUUGGGGCAACCCUUUCAGGACGUAAACGCUUUUUCUCCAAAGAACUGCGAUGUAUGAUGUAUGGAUUUGGGGAUGACCAGAAUCCAUACACGGAAAGCGUAGAUCUGUUGGAAGAUCUUGUGAUUGAAUUUAUCACAGAAAUGACUCACAAGGCUAUGGAGAUUGGAAGAACAGGAAGGGUCCAAGUGGAGGACAUUGUAUUCCUUGUUCGCAAAGAUGCUCGCAAGUAUGCAAGAGUCAAAGAUCUACUCACCAUGAAUGAAGAACUGAAGAAAGCUAGGAAAGCAUUUGAUGAAGUUAAAUAUGCAGGAAUUCCAAAUUAAUAUAUUUUUACUCCUAUAUAAUAUUUUGUAAUCAAGUAUCAGAAUGUCUGUAACCUUAUUUCAAGUGUAUUUUUUUGUCUUGAAUAUAAGAAAAAAUAUACAGUAAUUUUUAAAAUUAAA